AUGUCUGAAUCGCGGCACAACCUUCUGUCGGAAGCACCACCCAUCCCCUCAUCACGCUUUCUUCGCAUGCCCAUAGGAUUUUCGUUGACGCCGCGCCGAGAACUACAUAUAGGACAUAGCCAGCCUUCUGCUACCCGAUACCCCUGUUCUCUAUUCCACAGGAAUAACGUUUUGGAAGCCACGCCGCGAGUCUGCUUCACAAGGUGUCUGUUACCCAUAACUACCACCAAGAGCACGGCCACGAAUUCAACUACUACUACAAGGAUGUGUAUCCUGAGGCCUUCUUCAAUCGAUACUAGGGCCUCUAUGGAACCCUGA